CGCCAUCCAACAAGGUUGUUGUUAUCCAGCAGAGGCAAAUAUCACCCCAGCCAUUAUCUUAAAACACAAAAAAAGAAAUAUCUCACCAGCAAAAGAACAAACCGUUGCAUUACUCAAACCGGAAACUCCGUCGUCAUCGCCGGCGUCCACCACCCAAACCCGGGCCUACCGCGCUUGCCUCCGCCCUACCGGCUGGCUGCAGGCUCCACCGGCCAAACACAGAUGGUACCGUCGCUGCAAGUAACGAUCAGACUUUUUUUUGGGCUUCUCCAACUUUUGCGCUUCCCGUUGUUACCACCGCUCCGUAACCAUGAGGGGCCCGGGUGUGUGUCGUCACUGGCAUGGAGGGGCCCCCGGUGGACUCAGCGGACCUAUUACCUGCCCAUGUGUCGUCCAAAAGUCGUGUUGCGAGCCGUUUCAACGUAGCUUUUCCCGUAUUUUGGAGAAGGCGCCUACCUAGACCUCUUCCCAUUCUUUUCUUCUCUUUUCUUUUGCUCCUCACCCCUUCCUUUCAUCAUACUUCUUCCUCUUGUCAUCACAACCUUCACUUGUAGACGACUGCGCCAAGAUGCCCAUCGCCGUCGCCUCCGAGCAGCCUAAAAAUGGCUUGACGAAAUUCACAAACUGUCGCCUCCUGCGAGGUGACAAGCUUGUCAAGGCUGACCUUUGGGUCAGCUCCGAAACAGGAAAGAUUGUGGACAGCCAGGCGUGCUUCUUUGAUCAAUUAGUCCUGCCGGAAGAGACCAUUGACCUUGGCGGUCGCAUCAUCUCUCCUGGCAUGAUUGAGUGCCAGCUCAAUGGCGCCUUUGGUUUCAACUUUUCUACCUUGCUCGACGACAUGUCGCAGUAUGGCAAGCAGCUCAAGGAAGUCAACAAGCUCAUGGUGCAGACUGGUGUCACAUCCUAUGUUCCUACUAUUACAAGUCAACGUCCUGAGCUCUACCAAGCUGCUCUUCCCUACCUCGGCCCAUCUGGCCACUCUCACAAAGCUGAAGACGGUGCCGAAUCACUCGGUGCUCACUGCGAAGGCCCGUUCCUGAACCCCACCAAGAACGGCGUUCAUAACGUCGACGUUCUCAUUGAGGCGCAUACGUUUGAGGAUCUGGAAAAGUGCUAUGGAGCUGCAAACUUGACACCGCAAAACGAGGGCGAUGUUAUUCCCGUCCGUAUGAUCACGGCUGCUCCCGAGCGCGGCAACAUGUCGAAACUCAUUCCCGAUUUGACCAAGCGCAACAUUGUGUACUCAAUUGGCCACUCCGAGGCCACAUACGAGGAUGCGUCCGAAGCUGUUGCCCAGGGCGCCACCAUGAUUACGCAUUUGUUCAACGCUAUGCGCCCUUUGCACCACCGCAACCCCGGAAUCUUUGGCGUUUUGGGAGAAGCCGAGAGCUUGCCCAGACCCUACUACGGCAUCAUUUCUGACGGUAUCCAUCUGCACCCUACCACUGUCAAGAUUGCCUACAACGCCCAUCCGGAGGGUUUCAUCCUGGUGACGGAUGCCAUGCACUUGGUUGGUCUUCCCGAUGGUGCGUACCCGUGGACCAACGGUGAAACUGUCUGCAAUAUUGUCAAGAAGGGCUCGAAAUUGCUGUUGGAGGAUUCGGAUACCAUUGCCGGAAGCUCCAUUACUCUUCUCGAAUGUGUAAACAACUUCCUCGAAUGGUCUGGCGAAGAUAUACCUGCGGCUCUCAAGGCUGUUACUGCCACCCCAGCGGCCAUGAUGGGAGUCAAGGGAGUCAAGGGCACGUUGGAGGCUGGAGCCGAUGCCGAUCUCAUCAUCUUCACUGAUAAGCAAACGGCCGACGGCCGAAGCCAGCUUGUUUUGGAUGAAGUAUGGAAAUUCGGUACGCGCGUGUUCCAGGAGGGACAGGCUGCUUAGAGAAGCCUGACCAAGGCGGCCGGUUAACUAUUACUACGGCUUACGGUAGACACUGUACAUGGCGCGGAGCCACAGCGGCGUUAGCAUUUACAUUCUGUGUGUUUUUGGGUCUUUCUAUUUAGUAUACACCACACUUAGACUCCUCGGGAGAAAAUACCAAUCAAAAGGCGUUUCGUGAUCUUUCCCACUGAGACCAACUUGAUCAUCCGAGGAACCCGUGACAACUGCGUCAAGAGACAUUAUGGCGCCAAGUAAGCCUAUAGUACCACACUCCGGAUCUUGCCUCGUUC